AAUAAAUGCACCCUCCAUCGUGUGUCGCGAUGCCAAAUUCUUGAUUUUGGCCCGAAAAAAAUGUCGUUGUUUAAGACGAAAGAGUGGUGGAGAACGCAGUGCGGAGUGGACGAGUCCUUCGACAGGCGCAGUCUCCUGGUCGCGCCGUUGUUCGGCCCCGACCGGAAAGAUAUCGUCGUUGUCGGUAGCCACAGUGGAUUCCUGCGGAUGUAUAGCUCGUCAUCGCAAUGGAUAGACGAGACGAAAAUGCCGAGCGGCUACAAGUCCACGGAUCUGCUCAUCGAGACGCAAAUAGGCGAUUGUAUCGUCGACAUAAAAGCGGGAAAAUUUGUCUCAGGCUCGCAAGAUACCCGACUUGCGGUAUUGACAUCAACAAAACUCAUCAUUUACAGCAUUGUCUUAAACGAGGGUUCCGACGAGCACGGAGAUCGUUGCGAUCUGGAAGCCGUUUACGAGCAUUUACUGCCGCGAUUUCCGGCAUCUUUGACGACGGGGCCGUUCGGCGGCGUGCGGGGCCGGGACUUCCUCUGUGUCCAGUGCCUGGACAGUACGCUUCUCUUUUAUGAGCAGGAAACUCCCACCUUCAGCCUGGUUCUUGGGAAUCGACUGCUGCCGGAGCCGAUUGUCUACAUUUCGCGGAACGACGUCUUCGUGACGUCGAGCUCCUCGUGGAGCCUCGAAUGCUACAGAUAUAAGAGUAUGGCGGAAUUCGGAAGUAAGGAUCGCUCGGAAGGGAAGCCGAGGAACCUGGAGCCGGACUGGAGUUACAAUAUCGGGGAAGCCGUUCUCGAUAUCGACGCCGUUACCUUGAGCAGUUUCGAGGUCGGGAUCCUCGUGCUUGGUGAAAAGAAUCUCUACUGUUUAAAGGACAAUUGCGUCUCUUUAAAAUACGCGAAAAGAUUCGAGUAUAAGGCUCUCUGCUUUCAAGCCUACGUGAUAGAACCGGAUGGCAAGCUGAUGGUGCUCGUAAUCGCUGACACGAGUACCAUGAUGAUUUACGAGGGUACGACUCUUAAGUGGUCGGCUCAGCUGCCUCUUACUCCGGUCGCCGUAACUCGAGCGCAUUUUCAGCACUUAGACGGAGUGAUCGUCGUUCUCUCCGAAGAGGGCCAGCUGGAGGCUUGCUACUUGGGCUCGGAGCCGUCGUUAUUUAUCGCGCCUCCUCUUCAUCGACGCGGUUACGAUUACGUGGCCGCCGAAGAUGAACUCAUGGAGCUCCGCAAAUUGGCAAAGAGAAAUAAGAUUUCCGGCAAUCAACUGACCAACGUCACCAUGGACGCCGAGCUGAUAAUAUCUGUGACAGUGUCUCCGGAUCUGGAACCCUGUUCUCGCGGCAACCGAGAAGACUCUAAGGACGACACGGAGAGUCGUAAUUUAAUGUGCAGAAUCACUAUAGAAUUAUCCACGUACACGACGUUACGCGACGUUCAGGUGUGCGUGGACGUUUCGAAGCCGUUUGUCGCCGAGAAAAAUUGCCACGUUAUUACCAAUCUUUGUGACCGGCACAUUCUGCGCACGAUGAUCUACGCGAGCGCGGAUCUGCCGGCGUUGUCAUCAGUCGUGAGAAUCACGGCGAGCUACGAGACGGCGGAUCGUGGGAGCCUGCGCGUACUUCAGAAGAUGGCCCAGCUGCCCCUGAAGAUGAUGCUGAGGGUCUGCCCGCCGGAGAACACGUCCACCUUCACGGCGACCAUCAAGUGCAGCGAGCCCCUCGUCGCUUUUAGUCAGCUGUUUCCCGAGCUUACAGGAGACGUGCAGAGACAAAAUUGGAAUACGCUCGGCUUGCAACACGUGCAAACUGGUAGCGUGGUGACAAUCGUUUCCGGUGCUACCAGCAACCGAUAUCGAGUGCAAUCAAACGACGGGCUCUCGAUGGCCUUGGUGAUUCAGCAGUUGGUGAAUAGACUCAAAGAUAAGGCCACCGGAAACUUGACGACCACCAUCGCGCAAAAUCACAUACAGCUGGUUCAGUCUCAAAUGGAGGCUCACUUUCGUAGUCGCCAGGAGGCUGACAAAAUCGCGAACGAGAUCGGGCUGCUAUCGACCCAAUUGAGAAACAUCGAGAGGAGGAUGCUGCGCGCCGUGAGGGAGCGAAACACCCGAUCUCUGGCCGCGACCGGACUGCCGUUCCUCUUGGAAUCGACCUAUCAUGCGAUCUUCGCGCUUCUGGAUGAUCUCGCGAUCGCACGAGCGGAACGAGAACGUACCGGCCACGGUUUGCGGUGUGCCGUGAGGUUACUGCUCCUGCUGUUGCGGCUCAAUGUAAACGAUGAUAAGUACACGAUGCUCGAAGCCGCGAUCGGAUUCGAGCCGCAGCUGCGCGACGAACUCGAUUGGGAAGAGAUCGCCGAUGCUAGUCUGAGCGCUUUCCUACGGUCUAUGUCUAAAAAAUCCAUCGGUCAUCUAGACGCGAAGCCCGCGACACUGAGCAAGAUGACGUCCGCCAAAGAAUUCGCAAAAUUAAAGAAGCGUCUAAUUCACGCGAUCGAACGUCUCGACAGUUAUCAAGAAAGUACCAAUAUUGCUGAAAAUGAACAAUUGGAAGCUGGCACUUCUUCUUAGACAUCUUUGUAUCAAAUUCUAAUUUAUUACUUUAAGUGCUUGAAAUAAAAAAAAGUCAUGUCAUAAGCCAUUACAUCCUGAAUAAAAUUCUUUUUUUUUUUUUUCAAAAAAUAAAAUUCCAAUUCAUAAAAUUACUUGUCUCCUUAAAAAAAAAAAAAAAAAGAUAUUUUAAUACAUUUUAAUGGCAUUUUAUUUUAUUUUAUUGAAAAAGAUGAAAUGGAAUUUUAAAUACACAACAAAACAGAAGUUGAAUUCUGUCAGAUCGGUUCUCAAAAAGACUCCAUCGACACGCGAUUGAUCGCUUCAUUAUCCUUCACAAAA